AUGUCAGCAGAACAAGACUUACGCAAGGGCUGCCACGCUUACAUAGCGGGCACCCAUACUUCAUAUGGCUACGUUCCAUCCACUGCUGCAGGAAUUGUCUUUUGUAUCUUGUUCGGCCUCUCUACCAUUGUACACCUAAUUCAACUUGGUCGGUCUAGAAUCUGGUGGUGCAGCGUCUUUGUCAUUGGUGGACUGGUCGAAAUCAUCGGCUGGGCGGGCCGAGCUUGGUCCUCUCAAUGCCCUUAUAACUCGACUGCGUUCCUUAUGCAGAUCUCGACACUGAUCAUAGCCCCCGUCUUCUUCACUGCUGGUGUCUAUAUCAUCCUUGGCCGCUUGAUUCAAGUCUUCGGCCGCGACUGCUCCAUCCUUCGACCGAGUCUAUAUCUUUGGAUAUUUUGUACUUGCGACACGAUUUCCCUCGUUGUCCAGGCAAUCGGUGGCGGUAUGGCCUCAGUGGAAGUGAACAAAGUCAACGGCAACACAGAUCCAGGCACAAACACCAUGGUGGCGGGAAUAGUCUUUCAAUUGGCUUCCAUGAGCGUUUUUGUGCUCUUGCAAUCGACUUUCUGGUUCGGUCCACUAGACGAGGCAUGUUGA